UUUUUUUGAUCGCCCUUCCCUCCAGUGACAUUGGCGGCGAAACUGGGUCUUCAGGGUCCAUUUAUAAGCUUCAGGUCGGGGAUUUACAUCCCAAGACUGCAGCCCCUCCGGCCCCGAAGCUUGUUCAAUUUGCCAAGAAUAUUUUAUUUUGACUUCCUCCCCGCUCCGACCCCCCGCCUCAGUCCCUUCCGGCCACGCCCGUUGCGAUCCCAACCCUAUUCGACCUGGUACGACGACAUGAAUACCACUACACCCUCUCCGACGCCGGGCCCUGCGAUCAAACGUUCCCCCAGUCUCCGAUCGCCGUCGAACUCGGCCGCCGGGGCCAAACGCAAGCGCACGACCGCCGCCAAAUUCUACGCCGUCAAGGUGGGCUAUCAGCCUGGGGUCUACAAUGAAUGGAAUCGGUGUUUGAAACAGGUGACUGGGUUUAAGGGCGCGGUGUUCCAAGCGUUUCCCACCCUCGAAGAAGCAAACGCCUUUCUCACGGGCACCAAGCUCCCUGCGGGACAGGACGGUGGCCCCUCCAACCCCGAAUUUACGAGAUUUUACGGCAUUCAGCGCGGACGGACGCCGGGAGUGUACACGGACUGGGCCAAGGCGCAAGAGCAGAUCAAAGGGUUCCCCCGACCGCGGUACAAGAAGUUCGCGACCAGGGAGGAGGCAGAACAAUUUGUCCGAGAGGCUGAGACUGGGCAGGCUCCCGGUGCUCCCGGUAUGCUCAAAGAUGUGCCACGAGACGAGCAAGGUGCCCCCGUAGAACCGGGAGACGGCCCCUUGCCUCCGGGCGCAGAGGAUGGGUUUGAUCCCAAUCUGUUGUUGGAUCCUGCUACCGGGAAGGUUGUCUACCGAUCGGCGGACCAGGCCAAUGCCACGAAAUUGAAGGCCACCGGCCCGCCGGGGAUGUUGCGGAUCUACACCGACGGGAGCUCGUUGAAGAACGGCCAACCACUUGCGUCGGCCGGGGUCGGCGUUUACUUUGGUCCCGGGGACACAAGAAACGUCUCGGAGCCUUUGAAAGGUGGCCGGCAGACCAACCAACGCGCGGAGUUGACCGCCAUCUUCCGCGCACUGGACAUCGCGCCCCGUCAUCGGGACGUGACCAUCUUUACGGACAGCCGGUAUGCGAUUGACUGCGUGACGGUGUGGUGUAUCAAAUGGCGGCGCAACCAGUGGAUGACGGCCGAUAACAAGCCGGUCGAGAACAAGGAUCUAGUCGAAUCCAUCGUGGCGAAGAUCGAGGAGCGCAACGAGCUCAAGGUCAAGACGUGGUUUCAAUGGGUCAAGGGGCAUAACGCCGAUCCGGGCAAUGUGGCGGCGGAUCGAUUAGCAGUCAACGGAGCCCAGCGGGGCGUGUCGGAGAAAGCAGCGGCCCUAGAAGCCACCCGGAAUAUCCCUGACGAGGCGUUUGACGAGGAGGAUGAACUGUUCUAAGCGUCCUAGCAAGGGGAGAAGAUCAAGGGGCUGGGAAGGGAAGCAAGAUCUCUGUUUAUCCAGUGUAUUUGGUGUUGUUCCUUCAUUCUACGUUUGAUGAUGAUGGUAUCCUGACGGACUCUUUAUGUCUAUUUCUAUUUUAUGACUUUUCCUUCCCUCGUGUCUUCCCCACUUCUUUCCCCUUGAGUGGGGAAAGGAUGGGGAUCAGCUCGUUCCUGGUUAUUAUUUCUGUCCCUGGAUCUUGGACUGGUUUUCUUAUCCUUUGUGGAGGGACUUUUGGCAUAUUAUACUCGCACGAUGACAUUUGGAAUGAUAUAUGAUUGAUUGUAAUGAAUAG